AUUGCUUAUAGACCGGAAGCCGGUAUCUUAGUUCUCUUUCCCAUCCUGCAAGAUGGCGGGUGAAAAAGUUGAGAAGCCAAAUGCUAAGGAAAAGAAACCUGAAGCCAAGAAGGCUGAUGCUGGUGGCAAGGUGAAAAAGGGUAAGCUCAAGGCUAAAAAGCCGAAGAAGGGGAAACCCCACUGCAGCCGAAAUCCUGUCCUUGUCAGAGGAAUUGGAAGAUAUUCCCGAUCUGCUAUGUAUUCCAGAAAGGCCUUGUACAAGAGGAAGUACUCAGCAGCUAAAUCCAAGGUUGAAAAGAAAAAAAAGGAGAAGGUUCUUGCAACUGUUACAAAACCGGUUGGUGGUGACAAGAAUGGUGGUACCCGAGUGGUUAAACUUCGCAAAAUGCCUAGAUAUUAUCCGACUGAAGAUGUGCCUCGAAAACUGUUAAGCCAUGGGAAAAAGCCCUUCAGCCAGCACAUUAGAAAACUGCGAGCCAGCAUCACUCCCGGGACCAUCCUGAUCAUCCUCACUGGGCGCCACAGAGGCAAGAGGGUGGUUUUCCUGAAGCAACUGGGCAGUGGCUUGUUACUUGUGACUGGACCUCUGGUCCUCAAUCGAGUUCCUCUGAGAAGAACACACCAGAAAUUUGUCAUCGCCACCUCCACAAAAAUUGAUAUCAGCAAUGUGAAGGUCCCAAAACAUCUUACUGAUGCUUACUUCAAGAAGAAGCAGCUGCGGAAGCCCAGGCACCAGGAGGGUGAGAUCUUUGACACAGAAAAAGAGAAAUAUGAGAUUACAGAGCAGCGCAAGAUUGAUCAGAAAGCUGUGGACUCGCAAAUCUUACCAAAAAUCAAAGCUAUUCCUCAGCUCCAGGGCUACCUGCGAUCUGUGUUUGCCCUGACAAAUGGUGUUUAUCCUCACAAAUUAGUGUUCUAAAUUUCUUUGAAAGAACCUAAUUAAAGAACUAAUAAUGUUU